GUAAACAUUGUGAACCGGAGGCGCGUGUCUUUGACGCCAUCUCCUCUGUUCAUAUAUUCUUCCCACAACCGUUCCCUCCCUGUCAAAUCAACUGCAUUUACUCCUCUCCCUCUGUUUCUUCCCUCUGUCACACGCUCUCACUCACAUGUGAAACCACUCUUCGCCUCCACAGAUGUGUAGCUUUUAGGGUAUGCGUUAGGAAUGCCAGGAGUUACGGAGGACUGAAGAACGCUAUAUUCGAGAAGUACAGGUUUAAGGUUAUUUUUUUUGUGGAACGAAGGUUUCAAGGUGAACAACAAUGGCUAAUCUUUAUGCAAAUCCAAAUCCUAAUAAGUCGGUUGAGGUUGUUCAACCUCCAUCAGAUUCGGUUUCUAGCCUUAGUUUCAGUCCCAAGGGAAAUUACCUCGUUGCUACUUCUUGGGACAAUCAGGUUAGAUGCUGGGAGAUCAUGAAGUCAGGGACCACUCUUGGCAGCGUGCCGAAAGCAUCUACCAAUCAUGACCAGCCUGUCUUAUGCUCGACUUGGAAGGAUGAUGGAACGACCGUCUUUUCUGGGGGUUGCGAUAAGCAAGUUAAGAUGUGGCCACUGAUGGCAGGUGGUCCAGCUGUGACCGUGGCAAUGCACGAUGCACCUGUCAAAGAGCUUGCUUGGAUUCCACAGAUGAAUCUCUUAGUUACAGGAAGCUGGGAUAAAACCCUGAAGUACUGGGAUACUCGACAACAACAUCCCGUGCAUACUCAACAACUCCCUGAUCGCUGUUAUUCUCUAACAGUUAAUCAUCCCCUGAUGGUCGUUGGUACCGCUGAUCGAAAUUUGAUUGUUUUUAACUUGCAAAAUCCUCAGACCGAGUUUAAGAGAAUCACUUCUCCCCUGAAGUAUCAGACAAGAUGUGUUGCAGCAUUUCCUGAUCAGCAAGGUUUCUUGGUCGGCUCGAUAGAGGGGAGGGUGGGUGUUCAUCAUUUGGAUGACUCACAACAAAGUAAAAAUUUUACUUUCAAAUGCCAUAGAGAGGGAAAUGAGAUAUACUCGGUCAAUGCUUUAAACUUCCAUCCUGUGCACUAUACUUUUGCAACAUCGGGCUCUGAUGGCGCUUUUAAUUUUUGGGACAAGGACAGUAAACAGAGACUCAAGGCCAUGUCUAGGUGCAGUCAACCUAUUCCUUGCAGCACCUUCAACAAUGAUGGCUCAAUAUUUGCAUAUGCGGUGUGUUACGACUGGAGUAAGGGCGCAGAGAAUCAUAACCCAGCAACCGCAAAAAACUACAUUUUCCUUCAUGUUCCACAGGAGAGUGAGGUGAAAGGGAAACCACGAAUGGGAACCGGUGGUCGAAAGUGAAUUUGCUCGUCUGAAAAGUUACUGAUUGGAGCCUCUGAAAGCUGCUGGGGAAAAUGGGAAUUUAGUUUUCUGUUGCAAAUGGUUUCAUACAUUUUCAUUUUUCCAGUUUAACCUUGGAGGAGGUACAUAUGUUCAGGUCUAGCUUAAGAAAAUUUCUUCUAGGUUAUAAAUGAGGGUAUACUGUUAUGUGUCCAUCCCCCCCCUCCCCCCUCCCCCCCCACGCCCCUUUCUCUUUUUCAACAGGGAUUAAAAUUGUAUGUGUUGCAGAAGUUCAUGUGUUUAUUGGUUCAUUACUUGCUUGUAUAAAGAACAAACUUUUUUGGGGGGUAAAAGAACACUUGGUUUUGGUUGUUCA